AUGAUUAGAAGGCAAGCAAGAGAAAGAAGAGAGUAUUUAUACCGGAAGGCUUUGCAACUACAAGAGUCCUCACUUACUGAGAAGCGUCAGCAACUUAAAGCUGCAUUAGCGCUGGGGAAACCAUUGUCGAAAGAAUUAGCGGAGGAUGACAAGUUACAACGAGAUUUCAUCUACGACCAGAGUGUACAGGACCAACUUGAUAUCGAUGAUGAGUAUAGUGCACUUUCAGGAAUUUCUGACCCAAAGGUCAUAAUUACCACAUCAAGAGACCCUAGUGUGAGAUUGCUACAGUUUUCCAAAGAAAUUAAACUCAUGUUCCCCAAUAGUUUGAAAUUGAAUAGAGGUAACUACAUCAUCAACGACUUGGUCAAGACAUGUACGCGUGUUCAGAUCUCAGACUUGAUAAUAUUGCAUGAGCACAGAGGUGUUCCAACUUCGCUCACCGUGAGUCAUUUCCCACAUGGCCCCACUGCAAUUUUCACUCUACAUAAUGUCAAAUUGAGACAUGAUUUACCUAACUUGGGAAACAUUAGUGAAUCUUACCCUCAUUUGAUCUUUGAGAAUUUCAAUACAGCCUUGGGUAAAAGAGUUGUGAAAAUAUUACAACACUUGUUCCCGCCUGGUGUCAAGCGAGACUCUUCGAGAGUAAUAACUUUUGUCAACAAUGACGAUUUUAUUAGCGUAAGGCACCAUGUAUAUGUCAGAACCAAGGAUAGUGUGGAAAUCAGCGAGAUUGGACCAAGGUUUGAAAUGAAGUUGUACGAGAUCAGGUUGGGAUUGCCCGAUAAUAAGGACGCUGACGUCGAAUGGCAAGUACGGAGAUUCAUCCGUACAGCAAAUAGGAAAAACUAUUUGUAA